GCCGUUGUUUGUCCGGUUCGCCGUUGUCCGUGUUUGGAGAUAUCGUUGGCACGGAGUCGGUCGGAGGCUUUGUCAUCGUGAAGCACAUUUCGAGAAUAGCGUCUGGCCUCGCCGGAAAUUCCACGCUGCAGGAUGUCGCAGGAGGCCUCCAUGAAGUCGCCAGCGCAAUCACAGGUGAUCAGCCUGGCGAACCUGCCGAACUUGAACCUCCAACAGCUGACGAUGUUCAAGCAGCAACUGGACCAGGAGCUCGGCGUGUUUCAAGACUCUCUGCACACGCUGAAGAUCGCACAAAGCAGAUUUCAGGAGUCGAACUCUUGCCUCGAGAAGAUCACGCCGGACAGCGAGGGCAGUGAGAUAUUAGUACCUCUGACAGGUUCUAUGUAUGUGACUGGAAAGCUGGCGGAUGCAAACAAUGUGAUUGUUGAUAUUGGUACUGGCUACUAUGCGGCGAAGAAUAUCAAUGAGGCAAAGGACUACUUCAAGAGGAAAGUGGAGUAUGUUACCGAGCAGAUGGAAAAGAUCCAACAAGUCGGGAUUGAAAGGACGAAAUUAAGGGAGGCGACAAUGGAUAUAAUAGAGGCGAGACUUCAACCUCAAGCCUGGGAUGCGGCUGCACGUGGAAAACGAUAAAUUUUCAAAUAAUUUGAUUACACAUUUUGUCACGAAUGAUCCGUUAUCGUUUGCAUUCUUUUUGAAAAUCUUGAUUGUAGCUUAAGCUUCGAUAACCUUCAGAUACUACAUACGAAUACAACUGAUUCCAUGUAAUAGCAAUAAGAUGAGCUUACUAAGAACAA